UGCGUUGGUUGCAGUCUGCUUGCUAAUCUUGCUUGCUGCAUUUUCCACUGCGUCUUGCACAGGACUGUGAUGUGCGAUGCCUUCCAACUUCAGUAUCGCAACAGCUUCAUCGAGGUGGAAGAGGCAGAGUGGGCGUUUGGCCAAUGAAAGCUGAGCGAAUCUGCCGGGGCGCUGCGAGAACAGCUUGUGUUAUUCCAGGAGCUCCAUCUCUUCCUUCGGUAUCCUCCCGCGAGGUCUGUGGGCCGCACUCGCCUCUGCGUGCAAAAUCUGCGCCGCCCUGCGAGAGCCGCGGGCUGGUGAUGGCAACGGAGGUUGCCCAGCAGGAUGCGGACGUGCGGACGUACCUGCACGCCCUCGCAAGGAAUUUGCAGGCAGACGAGGGGCAGACCGAGGAGGUCGACUUGCAAGGGAUGCCGAGCUUGGGGAGCAUUGGUCAUCCAGAGGUGUGCCGUCGCCCGUGCAUAUAUUUCAGCGCCGGGCACUGCGAGCUCGGCGAGGCCUGCAACUACUGCCACGUGGCCCACACUGACAAGGCUCCCAAGCUCGACAAGCGGCAGCGCUUGCUGUUGCAGGCAAUGGACUCACAGCAGAUGAUGGCGCUGAUCUUCCCCUUUUGCUCCAGUCGUGUUGAACAGGCAGGGCUGCAGCACACAGAAGAGGUGUUGGGCCUGUUGCAGGAGCAAGCAACUGCUCUGCCGG